CAGCCGGCCCAACCCAACCCAACCCAUUCCCCUCCAGCUCACCUACACACCCUAACCCUAGCCGCGACACGCCGCCGCCGGCCCCUCGACCCCGCCGCUCCGACGAGAUCACCGCCGUCCCGUGCCCGACCUCGCCGGCGUCCGCUGCCGCGAUCUCACCGUCGCCAUCCCCCGUGGCCACCUACUCCGAGCCGACCGUCGCCUCCUUCUCUCAAGGGUUAUAAAUGGCAGGGAGACAGCGCAUAGGUCGCCAGUACUAUGAGGAUCCGCGAGGAUUUCGUGACGGCCCUCCUCCUCGUCCUGCACGAGAAAGGUCUAUCUCACCACGGCGCCUCGAGGGAGAGCUGUCUAGCCGCCGUGGCGAGAUCCGCAGAAUCCGUGACGACAACCAACAGCUGGUGGAUGACAUUGUUGGACUCAGGCAAGCAAUGUCUCGUUUGAAAGAAGAUCUCCAUUCCACCAGUCAGGUCAUACCUAAGCUCCGUGCAGAGAAAGAACUUGAAUCAAGGGAGCUGACUCAGAGGAACCUGAAGCUGGAAGCUGAGCUACGCUCCUUAGAACCCCUUAGGCAAGACGCCUUGCAGCUACGAUCUGAAGCAGGCUCGCUGGAGUCUUUGAGGCAAGAGCUGACAGCAAAGGUGCAGGGUCUAACAAAGGAGCUUGAGCAGCAGAGCUCUGAAAACCAGCGCAUACCUGCCAUGAUAGCUGAACGCGAUGAUCUGCGGCAGGAACUAAUUCGUGCUAGGGCGGCUAUUGAUUAUGAGAAGAAUGCAAAGCCAGAGCUGAUGGCACAAGUGCAGACAGUGGAGAAGGAUCUUGUGAGUAUGGCUCAGGAGUCUGAGAAGCUUAGGGCUGAAAUUGAGAAGAGAAGGGCACCACCACCUCGGGUCAGCGGCUAUGGAGCUUACGGACCACCUCCUGGGAUGGGCAUGCAAGGCAUGUACGACGGCGGCUACAAAACCUACACAGAGAAGCGCUACGGUGCGGGUCCUGGACCAUGGGACCCCCCUAGCUACCCGCGCCCUUGAUUUGGGCUUUUGGUUCUUGUUAGUCGACGUUCAUCGUCACGACAAAGUUCUUGAUAUCUCUCUCUGGUACUGAAACUUGUGGAGCUGGUGCCUCGUUUGAAAGAUUGUAACCAUGCCAUAUUAGGAAAAUAUUAUUUGAACUCUAAGAUUGUACUUGACAGGCUGUGAACCCUUUUGAUACUGUUUGAAAGAUUGUACUUGACAGGCUGUGAACCCUUGUGGAGCUGGAAGCCUCUAAGUCAGUGCUUUGCAUC